GGUCGUUUUCCUCAAUAGGCCUUGCUCUACAACGUGAGAACCAUGCCGAAGUCAAAGAGGGACAAGAAAAGUAGGUUUUUUAUGUCCGAUUCAUCCAGUACAUUAAAAGUAUAUUAAGUCUAAUUUGGCGUAAUGCAUUACUUGAUGUAGUAGUUCACUACUAAAGCAUUUGCAGGGGAUGUAUUGCAUCAAGAGGUGAAAGAGGAGCACGCAAGCUAGCUAGGAUGCUAACGUUAGCUACAUACUGUAGCUAGCUAGCACCAUAAGCUAAUAACUAGCUAGCAACUUGAUUAUGUUUACAAAUGUAGCUAUUGCUGAACAUUUUUUGUUGUCCUGUAGGUAUUAACCCUGAGUGUGUUCCUUUUUCACUUCCUCCUCAGUUUCACUAACAAAAACAGCCAAGAAGGGUCUGGAAACAAAACAGAACUUGAUAGAAGAGGUAACUUUGUCUGCCCAUUCAAUCCUAGUUAGUUAGUUGUUUCCGGUCUUGACAUUGGUAUCCAGCUAAAACUUUGACUAAUAGUUUUGUAUUUGUAUGUCCGUGACUUUUAUAGUUGCGGAAAUGUGUGGACAUAUACAAGCACCUGUUCAUCUUCUCUGUGGCAAACAUGAGGAACAACAAAUUGAAAGACAUCAGGACAGCCUGGAAACACAGUCGGUAAGAACACUCAACACACUAGCCUAUGCAGCCUGGUUGUCAUUAUUAAGACAAAUCAAAUUGUCAGACACCAACGUGUUAUGUGUAUAAAUACAUGUAGCUGACUGACUAGUUAGUUUGACAAUAAGGUAAGGUUUUUCUUCACCUUCACAGAUUCUUUUUUGGCAAAAACAAAGUUAUGAUGAUCGCUAUAGGUAAAGGAUCAACAAGCGAAUACAAAGACAAUUUGCACAAGGUAUGUAAAAUCUGUGCUAAAGUGAGGGUCUUGUAUUAAAAAAAAAAAAAAAAGUAAAAAAGAAGGGAAAUUGCAUGACACUUUGCAAGGAGUUCAGUAAAUGUAUGUCUGUUUAUUUUGUAGGUCAGCAAGUUUCUGAGAGGAGAAGUGGGUGUGUUGUUCACAAAUAAAACCAAGGAAGAGGUACAAGAGUAAGUAGACCAAUAUCUUGCAUUUCCAUUAAUGUACCAUCAUUAGAUUGAGUAAAUAUUUUGUGAUGAGCCAGUGCUGUGGCUUAUUCCUUGUCCUCCGUGGUAGUUUCAUAUGAAUUGUUUUUCUCUUGAAAAAUGUUCUUCAGGUAUUUCAGCCAGUUCAAAGAGAUGGAUUUUGCACGAGCAGGAAACAAGGCAGGGAUGGCUAUAACACUUGAUGAAGGACCCCUGGAACAGUUCCCUCACUCCAUGGAGCCACAGCUGAGACAGUUGGGACUCCCCACAGCACUCAAGAAAGGUGAGAACCUGUCUCUGAUGUUCAGAGAAAGCUUUCGUAAGUCUGUAAUGAAAGGAUGUCCCUAACCUCCCUGUUUUGUUUAUUUCAAAUUAACUUUUUAUGCUUCUGAUACAAACUUCAACUUCUGAUCUAACAACCCAAGGUUUUCUUUUGAUUAAUUCCAAAGGAGAAGGAAUACAUGUUGCAAUUGUUGGCUUUAUACCCCAUUGUUUUGUCGUAGGAGUGGUGACGCUACUGAAAGACCAUGAAGUGUGCAAAGAGGGAGACACACUAACCCCUGAACAGGCCCGUAUUCUGGUGAGUUCUAAACCUUUCCCCCAGUCUACACCUUCUGAUAGGCCUAUGAGAUUCUGCAAGUCCAGUUGCUAGAUGGUCCCAUAAAUGGCUUAUCUAAUCAAAUUAAAUUAUUUUCCAUUACAUAGAAACUUUUUGGGAUUGAGAUGGCUGAAUUCAGAGUGCGGAUCAAGUGCAUGUGGAACUCUGAAACGAGCGACUUUGAGAAGCUAGCUGAGGAAGAGGAGGAGGAAGAAGCCAUGCGGGAUAACGAUGAAAAAGAGGAGGAAGAAGGGGAUGGGGAAUGAAUCUGGAUAGAGCAAUGGACUUCUCAGACUGUUUUUAAUACUGUGAAUACUUUUUAGGAGACGUCAAAACAUAAACUACUUUAAAGUGUUUCCUCGUUGCAAUGUUACCCAUUGAAUUGUGUACAUACAUUUUGUGCUUUAUAAAUCAAAUACAACAGUACAAACUUACAGUAUGCUUGGUUGUGUCCUAUAAAACAUACCCCACAAAAAAAAAUCAGU